GAUCCGAUCCCUCGUUUUCCGUGAAUUUCAGUCUAUUGGAAACAGUGAGAUCGUUUAACAUUGCGAUCAUCUUGGAUAUUAUGAAGCGAGAUGGCACCAAAUUGAGCUUGACCCAAGUCAAAAUGGAUGGUUGCAAGUUUCUCAACUCCAUCAACAUCGGCAGCUUUUACGGCAAGUUCUUUAAGCGCUUUCAAAUUGGCAGCAAUCUACCCACAAAUUGCCCAGUAUCAGAGUGCAUAACGUAUGGAAUGACAAAUGCCACACUAAUCCCUGAUAUGUAUCCGACCGGAAUAUUUGACUUAAACUACCAACUGCACCUCAAGUUUCUGCGGGGCGAACAAUAUUUGGCGUAUAUAUUCUCAGAAGGCUCUGUCUUCUAUUAGUGCAAUUAAUCAUACGGUAAUCGGACUUUAUUGAACUAAUAAAUUAAUGUCAACACAACGAAACAAUUAGAAAUAUUACGAGAACAAAAUUAAUUCACUGUCAAGUGUUCUUUGCUUUUUG